UGCAAUAGUAAAAGGAGUAAAUGAAGGAAGAAACGGAUUAGGCUCUAUUUUUGUUUGGGCAAGUGGAGAUGGAGGAGAGGAUGAUGAUUGUAAUUGUGAUGGUUAUGCAGCCAGUAUGUGGACAAUUUCGAUUAAUUCUGCUAUAAAUAAUGGAGAGAAUGCACAUUAUGAUGAAAGCUGUUCCUCAACCUUAGCUUCAACCUUCUCCAAUGGAGGUAGAAAUCCGGAAAGUGGGGUUGCCACAACAGAUUUAUACGGUCGCUGUACUCGUUCACAUUCUGGCACUUCUGCAGCUGCUCCAGAAGCUGCUGGCGUUUUUGCUUUGGCCUUGGAGGCAAAUCCGAAUUUGAGUUGGAGGGACUUGCAACACUUGACUGUUUUGACUUCUUCACGUAAUUCAUUGUUUGAUGGACGUUGCCGUGAAUUACCACCUCUAAACCUCAAAGGAGUUACUCGCCAAUUAUACAAAGGCUUACCAAACUGCUCACAUUUUGAAUGGCAAAUGAAUGGUGUUGGGUUGGAAUAUAACCAUUUAUUUGGUUAUGGAGUCCUCGAUGCAGCAGAAAUUGUUUUAAUGGCAAAGGUAUGGAAAACAAUGCCCCCACGUUUCCACUGUGAAGCUGGAACAAUUGAACACCCUACCAGAAUUCCACCAACUGGAGAUUUAGUUUUGGAAUUAAAUACUGAUGCUUGUGUUGGGACUUCUACUGAAGUUAACUUCUUAGAACAUGUCCAGGCAAUCGUCUCAUUAAACACUUCCCGACGUGGAGACACUACUUUAUAUUUAAUUAGUCCAAUGGGAACACCUUCAAUGUUGUUAUCCCGACGCCCAAAAGACGACGAUUCUAAAGAUGGAUUUACAAAUUGGCCUUUUAUGACAACACAUACUUGGGGGGAAAAUCCUCGAGGAAAAUGGCGUUUAGUUGUUCGUUUCCAAAGCGGAAAAUCAACACCUAUUGAACAACAAAAACAUCAUACUGGAUGGCUGAAAAAAUUCUCCUUAAUGUUACACGGAACUAAAGAAGCCCCUUAUGUUGGAAUUGAACCUUUACAAGGCCAUGCAAAUUCAAAAUUGAGUGUUGUGCAAGGCGCGCAUAAACGAAUGGCUUAA